ACUAUAUUGUAAAGAUUGAUUGCACUGAAUAAUUUCCCUUUACAAAAGCUGCAUUUCAUUUUCUUUCUCAAUAGCCAAAAACCGACAAAUACAAUAACAAAUAAAAAAAGAAAAUCACAUUAUCCCAUUUUAUAGCUAUGAAAAUGCUUUCACUCCCACAAACCAGUUACUGGAAGGAAACUCCAUUCUCUUGCAAAAAUGCUCCAUUUCCAUACCUUAACACAACAACUAAAUAUUACAAUACUCGAACUCCAACAUUACCCAUUUCUUUAUCUUUAAUUUGGUCAUCACGCAAAAAACAAACCACCAACUCCAACGCUCACACUCUGCUUAGAGCUUCUUUCUCAGAUUCUGACUCUGUCCAGAAACAAGAAGAAGAACAAGUAGAAGAAGAAGAGUAUCAAGUACUGUCAGCAGUUAGAAGCAUGUACAAUGAUAUUGUAAUCGUAGAUACUGCAAAAUCUAGGGUGUUGCUUCUUGACUCUACUCAUAAUGUUCAUAGCAUUCUUAAUAAGGGUCAGAAAUGGACUGGGUCUUAUUGGGAUGAAUUUGCAAGUUUACCAGCUAUUAUUCCAAAAGGUCCUAUUGCAAUCCUUGGACUGGGUGGUGGUACAGCUGCACAUUUGAUGCUUGAUUUGUGGCCUUCAUUGCAGCUUGAAGGUUGGGAGAUUGAUCCAAUUUUGAUUGAUAAGGCUAGAGAGUAUUUUGGGCUAGCCGAUCUUGAGAAGCAUACUACAGCUGGUGGCAUUCUUGAUGUUCAUAUUGGCGAUGCUCUUGCUCCCUUAGAAAAUGGUUUUGGAAAAUAUGCUGGUAUUAUCAUUGACCUGUUCUGUGAAGGAAAAGUUUUGGCACAGUUACAAGAGGUUGCAACUUGGUUGGAAUUGAAUGAUAGAUUGAUGCCUGGUGGUCGAUUUAUGGUGAAUUGUGGUGGCAUCGAUGAGAAAUUAGAAAAUGAAAAUGCCAUAACAAAUCCUAAAUCAAUUGACUGGGUUCAAAAUUCUACUGUCAAGGCAUUAUCUAAAGCAUUCCCUGGACAAGUGUGCUGGAAAAGAAUGCCAGAAACAGAAGCUGCAAAUUUUCUUGCAUUGACAGGACCUUUGCCAGAUUUGACAUUAUGGUCUUCUAAAAUUCCAUAUCCUUUAAGUGAAACUGUGAGGGAAUGGAGGCCUUGUGAUUCUAUUGCCUGAAAAGACUUUUUUUUUACUUUUUUGGGUGUCUGAAUUUUGUAUUAUUUUAUAUUUUAAUACCCUAAUUUUGUUUUUACCAA